AUGCGGAUUAGGAUUAUCUCGACUUUGACUUGGCUGCUCGCAUUGUGCGCGAGUUCAGCCAGAACGACCGAGCUUCUCGGCAGCGAACUCACGUCGCCCGACCUCAGGAGCCAAGGAUCGGCCUUACCCGAAGAAGAAGGAUCCCACGGUGGCAUCGCGCUACCGACCCAUUCUUCGGGUCCCCAGGUCACCCCCCUCCAUCCGGGAUCGAACGAUCACGAACACCAUGAGAGACCGACCACGUUCAUUAUUGUGGCGCUGGAUUUCGAGCACGUCAGCGCCCCAUUCAUAAUUGUCGUCUGGAUCAUCAUCGCUGGACUAGCGAAAAUCGGUUUCCAUCUCACGCCGAAGCUUCACCAGAUCUGUCCUGAGUCAUGCAUCCUGAUCGUGAUCGGGGUUCUGAUCGGCUUACUCUUCCACUACGCAGGCGUCGAGGAAUUCAACAAUCCUCUGACGCCGAGAGUAUUCUUCACAUUCAUGCUUCCCCCAAUUAUACUGGACGCAGGCUAUCACAUGCCCAACAGAUCAUUUUUCGACAAUCUUGGCACAAUUUUGAUGUUCGCUGUGGUUGCGACGGUGUGGAACGCCUUCACCGUGGGCCUCUGCCAUUGGGGAGUAGGACUUUCGGGGUUCUACGGAGCAGUGCCCAUCGGAGUAUUGGAAUGUGUUCUGUUCGCCUCUAUAAUCGCAGCGGUCGACCCCGUAGCCGUACUGGCUGUGUUCGAAGAGAUCCACGUGAACGACCUAUUGUACAUUAUAGUUUUCGGAGAAAGUCUCCUCAACGACGCAGUCACUGUGGUUUUAUAUCGCAUGUUCGAAAUAUACUCCAUCUUGGGCAUUGAGCAUGUAACCGCGUUCGAAGCUUUCAAGGGGAUCAUAAGCUUCUUCGUCGUUGCUCUUGGAGGCGUAGCCGUAGGUAUAAUUCUCGGAUUGGUGGCAGCCUUCACAUCGAGGUUCACCCAUCACGUGAGACCCGUCGAGCCUCUAUUCAUUUUCUUAUUCGGAUAUCUCGCGUACUUGCUCGCCGAGAUGUUCAAGCUUAGUGGGAUCCUAUCGCUAACUUUUUGUGGGAUGACAAUGAAAAACUACGUCGAAGAGAACAUAUCCCAAAAAUCGCACACAACAAUCAAGUAUGCCAUGAAGAUGAUCGCUAAUUGCUCCGAGACGAUCAUUUUCCUCUUCCUAGGAGUCACAACCGUGAACGAUAUGCACGAAUGGAAUACGCGCUUCGUGUGUCUUACCAUAUUUUUCAUCACCGUUUUCCGGACAUUGGGUGUUAUAAUGUUCACGUGGCCGCUGAAUCGCUAUCGUCUUCAUAAACUCACCAAGGUUGACCAGUUCAUAAUGUCCUACGGGGGCCUCAGGGGAGCGGUGGCCUUCGCACUUGUCCUCGUUGUUGACGAGGAGAUUAUCCCUCAGAAGAGGAUGUUUGUUACCACGACGAUCGCCGUCAUCUAUUUCACCGUUUUCUGCCAAGGAAUGACGAUCGGUCCUCUGGUCCGGUUGCUGAACGUUCCUGUGAAAGAAGGGGGAAGGAUUUCGAUGAAUGAGCGUCUGCAUACGCGUCUGUUUGACCACCUGAUGGCAGGGAUCGAGGACAUCUCCGGACAGAUCAUGGGCAACUACAAAAUACGGGACAAGUUCAAACGUUUCAACAACCGUUGGAUAAGACCAAUUUUGCUCAACGAUCACAGGGCGCGAGAGCCGAAGAUCCUCGAAACUUGUUCUAAACUCACUAUGGCCGACGCGCUCAACAUAGCGAAGAAGAACAACUCCGUCAUCAAUACAUUCGCUUUGUCCAAAGAGAAUGGAAUGUCCCUUUCAAGUAUCGUUCGAACUUACACACAAAGCAACCUCAACAUGGGAUCUGCGGGCGAUGCGGGCCUACCUCGGAACGACUCGUUCGGCGGAAUACCAGUAGGUGACCGUUCUACGGACCUAAAUUACGAUAUGAACGAGCUGCACUGGUCACCCAGCGGGAAGGACGUACAGGAAGCGGAAUUGCACCAUGUACUGAAAGAUGCACUCGCCAAGCCUAGGUCACGAUACAUAAGGUGGCGCGAUGAGCAGAGGUCGCCGGAUGGACGUCACCCGGCAACGGGUGCUGCUCCUCUACACCAUGAACUUAGAAUGCAAACCCGACGUGUGCUGAGCGAGGACGCUAGGAAACGGAACGUCAAAAAGCAGCAACAGCGACAUACACAGGACAAGAGGUUGACUCUGUGCCCCGAACGAAUGAGGCGAAACUCGAUUUCAACUCUGACGGGAAAUAAACACCAUAUCGCCGCUAUCUGUGGAGACAUCGAUAUAUGUUGUUGUGUUGACGUGGAGAUGGUCGAUCUCACUAUUGAGGACGACGGCGCCGAUGAGGACGACAGCGGCGAAUCCAACUGGACUGGUGUCCGUGAAACAUCUGCCGACGAUAGCGAGAGUGGGCUGAACUCCGCGUCAGGAGUGCACAGGAGAGGUCCUCGAGGAGGUGCCGCAGCGGCAGUCCUCGGACGUAAUAAGAGCCACUCGCAAUUCUCUCACCCUGAAACUAUAGAGGAGGGCGAGCCUCAUCUCGGAAGGUAUAACAUGGACUUCAACUCGAACCUGGAUGAUGAGCAGGGUAUCACAUUUGUAGCCCGCUCGUCUUCGCAGCGAGAUCCUCAUAAGGAACGAAAAGCCCUCACAGAGACUGAGGCUGUCCUCCCCUGGAAGAGGGGUGGAGAAGACGUGGGAGAUGAAAAUCAGCAGAGUCGUCCGAUGAACGAAGUACCGUCUUGGUUUGAAAACAUGGAAUACACCCGUUACCGGUCACCAACGGCGACCCUCAUAAACAGACUGGACAACAAUAAAUCGCAAGGAAAACCAGCUGUUUAUGAUAUUUUUGACGGCAAGCAGCAAGCGGGUUCCAGCUCCAAGAAUCCGGACGAUUCGACAAUUAUCCAGAUGGAGACCGAUGCGCGAGCUGGUGCUUCGGGAGAACAGGAACCAGUGGACAAGGUUCGACUAUGA